ACACGUGCAUGAAGGAUACUUGUGUAUUAGUUAACGAACCUAUUCUUCGUGAACUCAUGGUUAAAAAUAAUUUUAAAUAACUUCAUUUAUUUACUUAUUUAUAACAUUAUAAAAUAAUAAUUAUAUAAAUACUGUAAUUGGUAUUUUUUCUUUGGCAAUAUUUACAACUUUAAUAAAUAAAAUAAUUAUUUUAUUUUUUUAAGUUAAAUUCGAUAGCAGAAUUAAAACAUUUUCCUUUCAUCUUACGAGUGACUUGCGAUUUUCUCGUUACUGUAAGAUCGAAUACAAAUGGGUCAAAAUCAGUCAGGCGCUAGUGGUGCCGGAGGUAAAAAGAAUAAAAACAAGGACAAUGAAGAGAAAACGAAAAAAUAUGAACCACCAAUCCCAACACGAGUUGGUAAUAAGAAACGUCGUCCAAAGGGCCCAGAUGUGGCUUUGAAAUUACCUCAAGUUACUCCAUACACUAAAUGCAAAUUGAAACUCUUGAAGUUGGAGAGGAUAAAGGAUUACUUGCUGAUGGAAGAGGAAUUUAUCAGUAACCAAGAGCUACUCAAGCCCCAGGAGGACAAAAAUGAAGAAGAGAGAUCUAGAGUUGACGAUUUCAGAGGAACUCCGAUGAACGUUGGAACGUUGGAUGAAAUGGUUGAUGAUAAUCAUGCGAUAGUAUCUACUUCUCUAGGCUCUAAAUACUACGUGUCAGUUCUUUCUUUCGUGAAUAAAGAUCAGCUGGAACCUGGCUGUCGUGUUUUACUAAACUACAGACACCAUACAGUUGUUGGUGUUCUUGAUGAUGAUACAGACCCUAUUGUUACUGUUAUGAAAUUGCAAAAAGCACCUCAGGAAACUUACGCUGAUAUCGGAGGUCUUGAUGAACAAAUUCGAGAAAUCAAAGAAGCAGUCGAAUUACCCCUAACUCAUCCAGAGUAUUAUGAAGAAAUGGGUAUUAAACCACCAAAAGGUGUUAUUUUGUACGGUCUUCCUGGUACUGGAAAAACUUUACUCGCAAAGGCCGUAGCAAAUCAAACUUCCGCGACUUUCUUGCGUGUCGUUGGUUCUGAACUGAUUCAAAAGUACCUUGGAGAAGGUCCCAAGUUAGUUCGUGAAAUCUUCAGAGUUGCAGAAGAACAUGCACCGACAAUUGUAUUUAUUGAUGAAAUAGAUGCUAUUGGUACUAAACGAUAUGACAGUAACAGUGGUGGAGAAAGAGAAAUUCAAAGAACUAUGUUGGAAUUAUUGAAUCAACUUGAUGGAUUUGACAGCCGUGGUGACGUAAAAGUAAUUAUGGCAACAAAUAGAAUAGAAUCUCUAGAUCCCGCAUUGAUUCGCCCAGGUCGUAUUGACCGAAAAAUAGAAUUCACACUUCCUGAUGAGACUACCAAGAGGCGCAUUUUCAAUAUUCACACCAGUAAAAUGACCUUGGCGGAAGAUGUUAAUCUUAAUGAACUUAUUAUGUCAAAGGAUGAUCUAUCUGGUGCUGAUAUUAAAGCGAUUUGCACUGAAGCCGGUCUGAUGGCACUUCGCGAACGUCGUAUGAAAAUAAUCAAUGAUGACUUCAAAAAAUCUAAGGAGAAUGUUCUUUACAAAAAGAAGGAGGGAUCACCAGAAGGCCUUUACUUAUAAAAGAAAAAUAUCCCCAGUAUUUCUUAUUAUAUUUAAAAAUUCUAAAGUUUAUAUGUUAUAGGAUAACUAAAAUAUACUCAGUCUAAGUCAUUGAUAUAAAUUUAUAAGUUCUAUAAUAAAUGUUCAAAAUAAAGUUCAUUCUUUUCAAA